ACAGACACAGCGCACAAGCAGAGCGGCCCUAUGCUAGCUCCCUUGUUUCUGUAAAAGUUCACAUCCCCAGGAACAUCUGAAUGACAGCAUGAACUGAGCAUAGUUCAGAUGCUAUGAAACAUUACAUAGAACCGAUAGCAAGGCAUGACUCAAUUUCAUAAUGAACCAAAACUAUAAUGAUUACAUCAGGUAUGAUUUACGUACGAUUUAGAGGUGACCAAUACAUACCGGUAUGUGUGCUUGAAAUGGGACAUUAAUGUCACGUAUAUGACAUCAUGAGGUGACUAAUAAAUUGGUGUGUGUGUUUGAAGUGUGUCUGCAGCUGAAGAAGAGGAGGCACGGCCGGUUGGACUCUCAGACGUACAAGAGAUCAGCGUGUCCCCAUCAGUACCCUAUGUGCACUGAUGAAGACUGGGGCUCUGGCUGUCCCUCUGGUUGUGUUGUGCAGGCUCUGCUCCUGCAGCAGGAGGUGGCGGUGGAGAGAAGGAUGCUGGAGGUGUGUGACGGAGUGGAGCGACACCACCACGCCUCCCGCUCCACCCUGGGCUCCAGCUGGGUGUUCUACCACACCCAGAGACACGCACUCGGCUCCCAGCGAGACUCGGUGCUCCGGUAUGUUGCCGGGGCCGACCGACUGGCAAGGAAGCUGAGGUUGCUACGGAAACUAUCGUCUGCGUCGUCACAGAGACUGAAGGAGCUGAGGCAACAGGUCCAGAAACAGAUGGAAGAGCUUUAUCAUACAGAGGUCGACGUGGACAUUAAGAUCCGGGCUUGCCAGGGCUCCUGCGCCUCCAGGCUGACCUUCAGGCUCCAGGAGGAGGACUACCCGGACCUCCUAGACCAGAUAGCCCUCUCUCCUCCUGCUCCUCCACCCAGGCGGGAGCUCCCAGACGUAGCAACCUCCGCCCCCGGCGGACUGGAAGAACAGCUGCGACACUUUGGAGACAUUGAGGAGAACAAGCUGGUGAUCCACCCUCCACGCCUUCACCCAGAACACCCAGACCUCUGAGACGGCUGUCACAUGAUCACAACCAUCACCUCACAUGAGACUGCUGUCACAUGAUCAGAACUCUCACCUCACAUGAGACUGCUGUCACAUGAUCAGAACUAUCACCUCACAUGAGACUGCUGUCACAUGAUCACAACCAUCACCUCACAUGAGACGGCUGUCACCUGAUCAGAACUAUCACCUCACAUGAGACUGCUGUCACACGAUCAGAACUAUCACCUCACAUGAGACGUCUGUCACAUGAUCAGAACUCUCACCUCACAUGAGACUGCUGUCACAUGAUCAGAACUCUCACCUCACAUGAGACUGCUGUCACAUGAUCAGAACUAUCACCUCACAUGAGACGGCUGUCACCGGAUCAGAACUAUCACCUCACAUGAGACUGCUGUCACACGAUCACAACUAUCACCUCACAUGAGACUGCUGUCACAUGAUCAGAACUAUCACCUCACAUGAGACGUCUGUCACAUGAUCAGAACUCUCACCUCACAUGAGACUGCUGUCACAUGAUCAGAACUCUCACCUCACAUGAGACGGCUGUCACAUGAUCACAACUAUCACCUCACAUGAGACGUCUGUCACAUGAUCACAACCAUCACCUCACAUGAGACGUCUGUCACAUGAUCAGAACUCUCACCUCACAUGAGACUGCUGUCACAUGAUCAGAACUAUGUGAUGCUUUUGUUGUUCGGGGCCAUGUCGGGCCGCACCCCACCUCCAAAUGGAGCUGUAGUUACAAACUGCUGCCCGAAACACUACUGAAGAGUCAGGCUGUUUUAUCUUGAAGAAUAAAUAAUACCAUGUAUUAUUGCAGUAAUAUGAGUACUGUCAUGGAGUCUUAAAGAAAAUACAUUUAUUUGUGUCAUACUUUGAUUCAUUUUAUUCGAUAUACAUAUAUAUAUAAUAUCAAGGAAGUGGUACGGAGAGAAACAGGUUUCACUGUAAUAUGAAAGGAGGUGGUACUAGGAGAAACAGGUUUUACUGUAAUAAUAAAGGCAGUGGUACUAUUAGAAACAGGUUUACUGUAAUAUGAAAGGAGGUGGUACUAGGAGAAACAGGUUUUACUGUAAUAAUAAAGGCAGUGGUACUAUUAGAAACAGGUUUACUGUAAUAUGAAAGGAGGUGGUACUAGGAGAAACAGGUUUUACUGUAAUAAUAAAGGCAGUGGUACUAUUAGAAACAGGUUUACUGUAAUAUGAAAGGAGGUGGUACUAGGAGAAACAGGUUUUACUGUAAUAAUAAAGGCAGUGGUACUAUUAGAAACAGGUUUACUGUAAUAUAAAAGGAGGUGGUACUAUGACGAACGUGUUUUACUGAAAUUUGUGUGUUGAAAGCAAUAUUGUGUGCUGAAAGCAAUAUUUAUCUGUUAAAAUAAGUGUGGAAUAGCUCUAUAUUCCUACAGCCAUCACUUAUAGUGUGUCUGGUCUGUUGAGAGAGAACUCCACAAAGAGGAAUACUAGUUGGUAUGAUGAGAUUCAAGAUUCAAGAUGCUUUAUUUAUCCCGAGGGAAAUUACUGUGCAACAGUUACAAUACAAAGGUGGGAAAGUAAUGCAGGGUUGGAGUCAAAAUAGAUAAAAUAGAUGGAAAUAAAUUAAGUACAAACUAAAUAAGUGAAAAGGAGCGAUUGGAUAAAGUGGUAUUAGUGGUAAAAGUGGUAAAGUGAUAAAUAUUAUAGCAGCAAUUAUUGGCAGCAUAAAUUAACUAAAGUGAUGAAGUGAAAAUUGGGUAAAAAUAAAUAAAUAAAGUGACAUUGGUCUCAGGGCAUAGUGUCUCCACGGCCCCUUCUGCAGCCGGAGGUAGAUGCGUUAAACCGUCACACACACGCAGAGUAGCAAUACUAAUUCAUAGGUCAUGAAUUAGCUAGAAAAACCUAACUGCUUAGUUCAAACAGCCAGUUGCUAUGAUGGCAUGUUAGCAGAUAUCGAACCUGUGGUAUUUUAUUUCCUGACCUUAACCCUGUACAGUCUAACAACCUACGAAGCCAUCAGUGUUCCAAAUGAGAAGAAAAUUGUGAGAAAUAAAGAGUUAAGUUUGAAUAACAAGACUCGUAUGGUCCAUCUCCUAUUGAUGCAUG